AUGGCCUCCGCCGAAAUCCCCAACGCCGACACCGCGGAACCCAACCCCAGCCCCAACCCCGCCGCCCGUUCGCCGUCGCCUCCGCUCCCGCCGCGCAAGCGCCGCCUCUCCCUCUCCCCUUCACGGUCCGCCUCCCCCAGGCGCUCCGUGUCUCGCUCCCGCUCCCCCCGCGACCGCCGCAGCCGCAGCCGCAGCCGGAGCCGCAGCCGCAGCCGCAGCCGUAGCCGCAGUCGCAGUCGGAGCCGUAGUCCGCGCCAGCCCGAAGGCAAGCGGCGGCGGCAGAACGACCUCACCGUCGAGGCGUGCCGCGACUACCUGCGCGACAGGUGCACCCGCUCCGACCUCGAGUGCAAGUAUGCGCACCCGCACCAAUCCGUUUCCGUCGACCGCAGGGACUCCAAGGUGACGGCAUGCGCGGAUUCGCUGAGGAACAACUGCUUCCGGGGCAGAACCUGCCGCUACUACCACCCGCCUCCUCACAUACAGGAGUCGUUGCUGAGAUCAAUUGGUUUGGACGUCCCACAGGUGAAGACGGUUUGCAGAGAUUUCGCACGUGGGCGAUGUUCAAGAUCAGCAAAUGAGUGCCGCUUCUUGCACCAUUCAUCUGUUCAAGAGUGUGCAAUUGUUUGCCAAGAUUUCUUGCGUGGGAGGUGUGAGCGUAUAUCAUGUAGGUACACUCAUGUCAUAGCACAACCAAUGCUACCCCCACCAAUGAGGGAUGUUCCCAUGCAAAUGCCAUAUCCUGAGAUGGUUUACAUGCCACCACCACCACCACCACUGGGAGUACCUAUGAUGGCUCCUCCUCUCUCACCUCCUAGAGGUUUUGCUGAUAACAAGAACACAGUGGAAGUUUGCAGGGACUACUUGAAGAAAAUGUGCAAUAGAGAAUCAUGUAGAUUUGCACACCCUGAUUCACAAACUGAGUCUUGCGUGCCUCACUCUGCUGCUGCUUCUGCUGCUGCUAAUCCUGCUACUGCUGCGAAAGAGCUGCCGCGCUGGCUGUUGUGCUGCUGCUAA